AGCCGCUUCUAAAUCUCUCCUAAUCCCAACAGAUUUCACCUUUCACGGGAGAGAGAGAGAGAGAGAGAGAGAAGGAGACAUUAUCCUCGUACAAAAGAAAUUUUGUGAUUGGUCACUCUCUCCUUUGCUCUUAGGUUAAGCCAAUGUCAAUGUCUGAAAUUGGAGGUGUUGCUUCCCUCCUCUUGCUCUUCUUCCAUGUCGUCGUGUUUUCAGGUGUGGAGUCAGCAACAUUCACGAUCCUCAACAAAUGCACCUACACCGUCUGGCCCGGCAUCCUCUCCGGCGCUGGUACCCCGCAGCUCUCCACCACCGGAUUCACCCUCCAGCCCGGCCAAUCCAACGCCAUCUCCGUGCCCGCGUCCUGGUCCGGCCGCCUGUGGGGCCGCACCCUCUGCGCCCAGAACGCCACUGAAGGCCGAUUCGUCUGUGUCACGGGGGACUGCGGCUCCCCAACAGUCGAGUGCUCGGGGUCGGGCGCGGUGCCCCCCGCCACGCUGGCCGAGUUCACCCUCAACGGAGCGGGUGGGCUCGACUUCUACGACGUCAGCCUAGUCGACGGCUACAACCUCCCCAUGUCAGUGGUGCCGCAGGGUGGGAAGGGCGGGAACUGCACGUCCACGGGCUGCGCCGCCGACCUGAACACCGGGUGCCCCAAGGAGCUCCAGGUGGACUCUGACGGCGGCGGGAGCGUGGCUUGUAAGAGCGCGUGCAACGCGUUUGGGGACCCGAAGUACUGCUGCAGCGGGGCCUACUCGACACCGGCCACAUGUAAGCCGAGCGCGUACUCGGAGUUCUUCAAGACGGCGUGCCCGAGAGCCUAUAGCUAUGCGUACGACGACGGGACGAGCACAUUCACUUGUGCAUCCGCCGAUUACGCCAUCACUUUCUGUCCUUCGCCAUCGACUAGCAGUGUGAAGACGGCAGGCGAUCAGUACGCAGAGGCGGCGCCGGCAUCCGACUCGUUGGCCCCCGCGGUGUGGAGCGCAUUGCAGGCCUCUGCAUCCGCCCGCACGGGAUCGACGCCCCCACCCUUCGUCGCCCUGGUCGCUGUGGCGGCAGUUUGGCAGUUGUUGCAACUACUGUCUCCCUGAUCACUGCUCGCGACGGCGACGUUCGGCCGGACGUUUACUCCCAAACCUUUUCUAUUUCCCGGUGGGCCCUUGCGCUCGGAAGGCCCACAACAAUUUUGGUAGACAACAAUUUCAGAAGACAACAUCCGCAACGUCGUCGAAAAUGUCAUUUUUCUUCUUGAUUUUCAAUCUUAUUUGAUUCCGGCAACGUAAAUGGCCGGUGAUAUUUGGUUUUAUGUGAUUUCUUUUUAUUAGGAGUUGGUAAAAUAUUUGUAAUUUUCUUAGUGGGGGGGUGUGGAUUUUGUAUGGGGUUCUGUUUUUUGGGUGGAAGAUGUGAUGGGAAUGGCUUCAUAUGCACGUAAAUUGUACGUCAUUGGUCACGCUUUCUCUUCAUAAGAAAGAAGACGCCAUGACUCAUGCUGUGAUCCAUUCUAAUUCUUGGCCUUUAAUUUAUUAGUGUUGGUUUAGAAGAGUAGACCUAGCAACAACAAUCAUUAGGUCAAAUUGUAAUAUAUAUUGGUUGCUUAUUUUCUGAUGUUAUCAGAAUUGAGUAGCGUUCUCAUUA